CACAGUUCAACGUGAAAUUUGUCCAAAAAGAUGGAAGACUUGUCGACGCGGAUGAUUUGGGUCGAUCUCGAAAUGACCGGACUCGAUGUCAGUACAGAGACCAUCAUUGAAAUGGCCUGCAUCGUCACCGACUCGCGCGGCAACAUUCUCGCUGAGGGCCCUGAUAUCAUCAUUCACCAGCCAGACGAGGUCCUUGAUCGCAUGAACGACUGGUGCAAGGAGCAUCACGGCGCAUCCGGACUGACCGCUGCAGUCCGCGCAUCCACCACGUCGCUCGCUGAGGCCGAGGAGGUCAUGCUCGCGUUCGUGCGGGAACACACAAGCAAGGGCUGCGUGCUUGCUGGCAACACCAUCCACAUGGACAAGCGCUUCCUCGAUCGCUACAUGCCCAAAUUCUCAGCGCACCUGCAUUACCGCUUGAUUGACGUCUCGACGCUGAAGGAGCUUUGCCGUCGCUGGUAUCCUGCGAUUUUCGCGAACGCACCUCCAAAGCAAGGGUUGCACAGAGCACUCGACGACAUUAAAGAAAGCAUUCAAGAAUUGGUGUACUAUCAAUCGAACAUGUUCAAGUGAUUCGAACAACAAAAACGACCAGCACGGCUACAUGAUUACAUGAUGGUGCAGGCCGCUUGGUCUGCUCCACCUGGACCGCCCAUUCCCAAGGCUCCUAGUGGGCCACCGCUGGCUGGCAUAUCGGGGAACUGUCGAGUGUUGCCAAGCCAAAAUAAAUGCAGCAUUUCACCACCA